AUGUCUUUUGACGACCUACACAAAGCCACCGAGAGAGCGGUCAUCCAGGCCGUGGACAAGAUCUGCGACGAGUUCGAAGUCACCCCCGAAAAACUGGACGAGCUAACCGCCUACUUCAUCGAGCAGAUGGAAAAAGGCCUAACCCCGCCCAAAGAAGCGCACGCACUGGCCUCGGACAAGGGCCUGCCCAUGAUCCCGGCCUUCGUCACCGGCUCCCCUAACGGAACCGAGCGCGGCGUUCUACUAGCCGCCGACCUGGGCGGCACCAACUUCCGUAUCUGUUCCGUGGACCUUCACGGAGACCACACGUUUGGCAUGGAACAGAUGAAGUCCAAGAUUCCGGAUGAUCUUCUGGACGACGAGAGCGUCACGUCCGACGACCUGUUCGGGUUCUUGGCCCGCCGUACGCUGGCAUUCAUGAAGAAGUACCACCCGGACGAGCUGGCCCGCGGCAAGGACGCCAAGCCCAUGAAGCUCGGCUUCACGUUCUCUUACCCUGUGGACCAGACGUCGUUAAACUCCGGGACGCUGAUCCGGUGGACCAAGGGGUUCCGUAUCGCGGACACCGUGGGGAAGGAUGUGGUACAACUGUACCAGGAACAAUUGCGCGCUCAGGGUAUGCCCAUGAUAAAGGUUGUGGCGCUGACCAAUGAUACCGUCGGUACGUACCUCUCGCAUUGUUACACUUCCGAUAACACGGACUCGAUGACUUCCGGAGAAAUCUCGGAGCCGGUCAUCGGGUGUAUUUUCGGGACCGGUACCAACGGCUGCUAUAUGGAAGAGAUCGAAAAAAUCACCAAGCUGCCCAAGGAGCUGCGCGAAAAGCUGGCUCAUGAGGGUAAGACACACAUGAUCAUUAACGUGGAGUGGGGGUCGUUUGACAACGAGUUGAAACACUUGCCCACGACCAAGUACGACAUCGUGAUCGACCAGAAACUGUCCACGAACCCGGGCUUCCAUCUGUUCGAGAAGCGUGUGUCCGGUAUGUUUCUGGGCGAGGUGCUGCGGAACAUUCUUGUGGACCUGCAUUCGCAGGGUCUGCUGCUGCAGCAGUACCGCUCCAAGGAGCAGCUGCCCCGUCAUCUGACGACGCCGUUCCAGCUGUCGAGCGAGGUGCUAUCGCACAUCGAGAUCGACGAUUCCACGGGGUUGCGUGAGACGGAGUUGUCGUUGCUGCAGAGCCUUAGACUGCCCACCACGCCCACGGAGCGCGUGCAGAUCCAGAAGCUGGUGCGCGCCAUCUCUAGGCGUUCCGCGUACCUGGCUGCGGUUCCGCUGGCUGCUAUCUUGAUCAAGACCAACGCUUUGAACAAGAGGUACCACGGUGAGGUGGAGAUCGGGUGUGACGGCUCCGUCGUCGAGUACUACCCGGGCUUCCGCUCCAUGCUGAGACACGCUCUGGCCCUGUCGCCCCUGGGCGCGGAGGGUGAGAGGAAGGUCCACUUGAAGAUUGCCAAGGACGGCUCCGGUGUAGGUGCUGCCCUGUGUGCGCUGGUUGCCUGA